AUGGCCCAUACUUAUGACCUAAACUAUGUUACGAACCAAAGACGACAGCUCGACGGCGGGACUCCCGUUUUCCAGAGUCAAAACGACUCAAGUGAAACCUUCAAGAAGAGUUUCGAGGGCACAGAUGACAAUAAAAACAGCCUAGGGGCAGAGCCGAGCCAAGCGGGGUCAGAGGAAUCUGAAGGAAUCUACUUCAAACCCGACCUAAUGCAUAAAGAGAACCAGCAACCUCGACCUCGAGGUGCCCUGAUACGUGUGUACUCCGAGAACGAGCGAUCAAAUUUUAACGAAUCCACAGGCGCGCGGCUAUAUGAUGACCUGAGGUAUAGACCGAUGCACUACGACGGCAGCGGAUCGCCACCCAAGAGCAGCGCUGUUGACAUAGUUCCUAAGUCAAAGAGAAGGCAUUCAUCGUCAUGGGAUGAAGACCGUAUGACGGCCUCCUCCCGGCGCUGCCCGAUAGACGUUAUCGGCGACAUGCAGGAUGAGUAUAUUCCUGACCUGGACUUCUCGACUGCGUUUAGCCGGUGGCAAAGCGAUGACAACCUGCACGAUCAACUUCUCGGCGAGGUGCAGCCGCAAGGCUUGAGCCGUAUGCACUGCUACAACGACUGGGCUGGGUACGAAACGGACCUGAGCCGUUCAUCGUCAGCGUCCUCUUCAUCUAUCGUGUUCAGAUCCGCGCAUGCAAAGGUUGCCCCGAUACCCCUGCCGAGAGCCGGGCUGCCCUCUGCAUCGCCAAAUAGAGCCGCGCACAAUCAAAUGAGUAGCGUGUUUGGAGGCCUAUCCCAUGCUUCACAACUUUCCUAUCCUAGAAACAGACCUGUCCCCAUGCUUAAUACAGCGCCAGGCGGCUCGUACAGAAGCCUGAAAAGACGGAAAUCCGGGCUAGAGGCCGAAUCGCCUUCUUCGCCAGUAGUGGUCACCCCUGGCACAACCCUGAGCUACGCGUCCUCGAACGAUGUCCGAUUCACGAACGAUGAGUGGAAGAACGUUAUCGCCCAGCUGCCUGACAACUUCCUGUCUCUCCCCUACAGCCAGCGUAAGAGGAUCUUGCAGGACAAAUUCCCAGAUAUUAACUAUAAAUCUAUGAUGACAAUGCUGAAGAGAUACUACUUAAACUCAGGCAAGAGCAGCUCUCAGCUGCAAGACAAUAAAUCUAGACGCGGCUCGCUUGCUUCCCAAUUUCUGAGCUCGUUUACGCCAUCUUCGACAUUGAAAUCAAACGAUAAGGGCAAUGUUGUAAUGGGUUACACGCUUGGCAAGAUAAUAGGAUUCGGGGCAUGGGGCAUGAUACGAGAAUGCUACAAAAAUGCCGCUGAGGACGAAGACGGUGACAACGUCGCCGUGAAGGCUUUCAAAAUUGUCAAAUUCAGGAAUAACACGUUGGUUAAGGAACAGGUCCUCAAAGAAGUGCAUAUGUGGUCUAAAUUGAAGCAUCCAAACAUCUUGCCACUGAUUGAUUGGAAGUUGGACGAAGACUACGCAAUGUAUUGUCUCACCGAGAAGAUCAGUGGCGGUACAUUGUACGACCUUGUCAACUCGUGGGGCGAGGCUAGCCAAUCCAAAAUAGCUCUUUCGCAAAGACGCAAAUUAACAGCCGAGCUCGGCACUCAGAUUGUGGAAGCGUUGAAAUUUAUGCACGCAAAACGGAUCAUCCACGGGGAUGUCAAGCUUGAAAACUGCUUGCUUGAAGAGCGUGAGCCUGGUAAAGAAUGCAGGUGGCAUGUCGUUUUGUGCGAUUUUGGAAUGAGCUCCGAGUUUGAAGAUAGCGCUGAAAGCAACCGCCGUGAUGGGGGUGGAAAUAAAACUCCCCGCGAGCAUGCACACAAGGGCCAGCUUGCGCCGCUUCGUGACAGACCACUUGUUUUCAGAUCAGCUUCCAACUUGACCCUGAAGUCUGGCAAGUUCCACAGAUCUUUGAAAGGAGAUAACAUGCCUCAUGGAAACCAUCCGCUAGGCGUAAGCUCGUUUCCGAGACACUACGGUCCAUCCUUAACAAGUGCCAACAUUUCGGGUCGAUUUCCUGCCAAAGAAAAAAGCCCCGCUAGCGAAAGUAACCUCCAAGCUCUCACUUUCACUGCUACAAGCACAAACGGUUCCGCAACAACCGACAAAGAUGGCGUACCACCAAAAUUGUCCAACGCUACAAAUGCACGCGAUCCACACAGCCACAUUGGGUCUCUUCCAUAUGCAGCGCCCGAGCUUCUGGAGCCGACUCCGCCGCCAUUGGCACCCUCUGCGGACAUCUGGGCGCUAGGUGUGACCCUUUACACGAUGUUGCUCGGUAAACUACUUUUCAAGCAUGAUUAUGAACCUCGACUGCGGGCGAUGAUUGCCGCAGCCAAAUACGACACCAAAUCCCUUGAUGAAAUUUGUGUGACAGAAGCCAACCCGCCCUGUCCAGAACUAUUGAAGGCAGUCAAAGGAUGCCUAAUCAAAGACGUGGCCCAGCGUUGGGAGCUCGAUGCAAUAGAGAUUGCGUUAACGCAGUGCGUUAAGACUUCCACACAGCUCGAGGAGGCCACCGUACACAAAUGA